GUCCAGGGAAUAACCCCAUUUCCACCCUUAGGAGAGACCCUGCAUUAGGGCCAAGGUUGCUCCCCAGCAGAGGCAUUCUGGAGAACCAUCUCCCUCUCUACAAAGGAAUAGACAUAAGGGCUACAGGUAGGGUCUGCUUCAACUGGACGAACUUAAGAGUCUCUUUGCAGUAGGGGACUGAGGGGACAGCCCUGCUUAAGCACACCGUGAUUAAAGAUGGGAGAAAUUUGAUAUUUUGCUUCUCCAGUUCUGGAGCUCAUAAAUUCACCUUAGGGUGGAAGUCCAAGUUUCACUUGUAGACCACUAUGAGCCUACACAGGAGAACACUGACUCUAGGCCAAGGAUAGCAGCGAGGCAAUCAAGUGACUAAGGCACUCAGUUGAAGGUGGAGUUCACUCUCAGUUUCAAACAGGUUGCUUGAACAAAUCAGAGAGUAACUGCCUCUUUAAAUUUUGUGUCCUGGACAGCACACCAGCCUGACCGCUCAACCCCACUCAGCUUUGACUAGCUCCUCCCCAACUUACCUUCACUUCGGCACAACACUUCUGGUAGCAGGUCAGCAAGUUUUUGCAAUGUUGCAGUGGUCUCUACUCAGCACCCUUGUCUGGAGCCCUGGCUCUGUCCUGCUCAUUCUGGUCCUCCUGCAUAGACUAUGUAUGUGGCCUUGGCAUAAGUCUCAUCUUUGGGACCUCCAGCACUGCUCCACAGACUUGACUGGGAAGACAGCGGUGGUGACUGGAGCCAACAGUGGUAUUGGGAAGGCCGUGUCCCAGGAGCUGGCCCGCCGUGGGGCCCGGGUGAUCCUUGCCUGCCGUAACUGGGAGUGUGGACAGCAAGCCCUGGCUGAGAUCCAAGUAGCCUCGAAGAACAAUUGCCUCCUGCUUGGCCAGGUGGACUUGAGCUCUAUGGCCUCCAUCCGUAGCUUUUCCCGGUGGCUUCUGCAGGAGUGUCCUGAGAUACAUCUGCUGGUUAACAACGCUGGAACCUGCGGAUUUCCCAAGACACUUACCCAAGAGGGCCUUGAUCUCACCUUUGCCACCAACUAUGUUGGGCCCUUUCUGCUUACAAAUCUACUCCGAGGGGCCCUACAGCGGGCAGGAUCAGCCCGGGUGGUGAAUGUGUCUUCCUUUCGGCAUGCACAUGGGUAUGUUGAUGAGGAACAUCUGACAGGGGCUGGUAAACCCUUGAUCUUUAACCAGAAUUAUGACUGCAGCAAACUGCUCUUGACCUCCUUCACUGGGGAGCUUGCCCGGAGACUUCAAGGGACAGGUGUGACUGUGAACUCUGUGGACCCGGGUAUAGUGUACACAAGUAUCAUGAGGCAUUUUUCUUGGUCAUACCGCUUCCUCUUUUGGCUCUACAGCUUCUUCUGUAAGGAUGUCAGACAAGGCGCAGUCCCAGUCCUCUACCUGAGCUUGGCAAAGGAGCUGGAUGGCAUUUCUGGAAAAUAUUUUAACAGUUCCUGUAGGAUAAUUCUUCCCGCGAAAGCUGCUCAGGAUCCUCAAGCGGCCCAAAGGCUCUGGAAUGCCACGGUCCAGCUAACAAACCUGGACAAGAUGGACUGAUCCCCCGUGCCCCCAGCCCUAACUUUGCCAUCCUCCCUGAUUCCCAGCCCCUACUCUGGUCCUGCCUUUUGUUUGUUGGCUCCAAGCAUCAAUCACCUUGUCUAGUAUAGCAAUCACGUCCUUUUCCUGUUGCCUCAGUGGCAUGAGAACUCAGAUUAGCCAGGGGACAGUUUUAGCUUCUACUUUACUGCCAGUUCUCUAAUGGAAGUGUUCAUUCCUUGGAUACUGGGAUCUCCAAAUCUACAGAGUCCCACGUUGUGGUGACCGGUGGGGGUGUGUGUGUGUAAAACUCCUUCCAGUGGGGAUUAGGGGUGCUGGAAGAAGGGAAACUUCCACCUGUAUCGCUUAGUUUCUACCCAUGUACUUGCUGACUCUGGGGGAGACAGCACCACACAAUGCCAUCUUGAUUAAAGCAUAUACCACAUCCUGUAGGAUAGCAGUCUGACUUCACAGAGUGUUGUCUCUCAACUGGUACUGUAACUGAGCCUGCAGAUGAUCAUUCCACAUUUCCGUUAAACCAGCUGCUCCUGGGUGAUGAGCCAAGCAUUCAGAUCAGUGAAUUCUGGUGGUGGGAGCCAAUUGUUUUUUCCCUCAGGUCUUGGUUCAUCUGUAUAAAUUUGGGGAUCGGCUCUUCAAAUUUCACACACAUACAUGAAUACUUUUUGUGGUUGCAUUCCAUCUAUGAUGUCCAGUUUUCCUAACCUUGGACAAGUAUACUCCUAUCUAUUUAACUCUCUUUAAUAUCUUUACCAAAUUUUCAAUAAUUUUAUCCAUAAAAUCUUGCACCAGUUUUACUAUAUUUAAUUCAGGUACCUUAAUUUUGACACUAUUGUAAAUGGGGCUCUUUAACCUUUGUGUGCUGAUUGUCUAUCAAACGACUUGGAAAAGUUGUCUAAUUUUAAUGAGUUCUCUGUAGGUGCUUUUGGUUUUUCUACAUAGAAAAUCACCCCAUCUAGGAAAAAUAAGUUUUACUUCUUCCCUUUCAAGUAUUCUAAUUUUUGUUUCUUUUUCUAGGAGACCCUCAUAGAUAUUCUAGCGUUAAACCGACCCUGUAUUUCUGAAGUAAACCCAGUAAGCCCCACCUAGCAUUUCUGGUCGCAGUGUUGUAUAGACAUUGCUAAAUUGAACAUGCUCAUUAUUGUUUAGCACUUUGCACUGUGUUCAUAAAUGAGAUUGACCUAUA